ACGUGAAUUCAGUGGCACUUUUGAACACUGGAAGGGAGGACUGCAGGUGCUCUUGGUAGACAUGAAGUCGUCUUUGUGGUGUGCCUUUGCCCUCUGCUUCCAAAUCCGGGCUUUAACAGGAGCAACCAAUGACACAGCCAAGCAUAAGAUGUUUUCAUUUUACAAUGAAGGUGUACAGAUUUCUUGUAAGUACCCUGAGACCACCCAGCAGCUAAAGAUGCAGUUGUUCAAAGGGGAAGAUGUCCUCUGUGAGCUCACCAAGACCAAAGGAAAUGUUGGGUCCAGCAAGGAAACCAAGACCUGUUCGUAUCAGCUGUCCAACGGCAGUGUCUCUUUUUUCCUAAACAACCCGGACAGUUCUCAGAGCAGCUAUUACUUCUGUAGCCUGUUGAUUUUUGAACCACCUCCUUUCCAAGAAAGUACUUCUCCUAAAGAAUAUCUGCACAUUUACGAAUCACAGCGUUGCUACCAGUUGAAGCUCUGGCUGCCCAUAGGAUGUGCAGCUUUUGUUGUGGUGUACAUUUUUGGAUGCAUAUUGAUCUUCUGGUUUACAAAAAAGAAGUAUGGAUCCAGCGUGCAUGACCCAAAUAGUGAAUACAUGAUCAUGGCAGCAGUCAACACAAACAAGAAAUCUAGACUUGCAGGUGUGACCCCAUAAUCUGAAGCGCUCUGGCACCCAUGGAGGAACCACACUGACCAGUUCCCCUGAAAUUUGAACUGAGAAAUUCUGUUUUCUGGAUCACGGGGCAUCUGACUUGAUUUGACUGCAGGAAUCUCCUUUGAGUAUUUUGCUUGUCAGAAUCAGUGACUACUAGGCACCCAGAAUUUCAACAGACUGCCUGGGAAUUGCUGAGUUCUUUUAAGGCGAACACCUUCUUAUAGAAGGUUCAGCUCAUGUGUACUCGACAAACACACAUCACUUGGUUAGAAUCCCCCUCUCUCUGCACCUGCUUCUAGCUAUACACUGGCCAGCAAAACAAACACAUCUGCAACAUGUUCACAAAAAUGCCAAGGGUAUUAAUCUGUAAAGCACACAGGCAGCCAAUGGUCAGCAUCUGCCCUCAUCUUUCAGAUUACUUUUUCUUGCUGUAGGGAUCAGUGUUCCUUCUAGAACCAGACAGUAGAGGGAGAUGCUUCAUAACGGUAGCUCUUGCGUUUCUGAGAUGUUGAUGUAUAUGCUACAUUGAACUCUUACAUUAGUACCAACACAGCAUUCUCUUCCAAAUUCUAAACUUCAGUUGAUCACUGCUUGAGGGGGUGUAGAUGCCUUCGAUUUUCCCUUUAAAGAUACUUCCGCAUGUCUAUUUGGCAGCCUGCAGCCACUGCAGAUAAGAAGUUGAGACUACACGUUUUCCCUUCUGCUGCUCAAAAACAUUAGUGGAUGUAAUUCUCCCAUAUUCUCUCUGCCAAAGUAGUAUUUUUCCUCCAAAGACAUUUUAUUUUCUCAAAUUCAGUUAAAAUGUGCUGGUAUUAGUGGUAGGAAACGUUGCUCAGAAUCAAAAGCAAAUUAAUUUUGCUAUUGUGUUUUGUAUCAUUAUCUAUGUUUCCAUGGUGCUAUUAGUCACAAGUGUAGCCAUUUUUGUAGAUCAUAUUAAAGUUGCAAGCAAGCAAAGCAACAUAUUGUUAAUGGGCAAACAUUCUCCUGAGGUAGAAUGGAUUAUCUAUAUAGCCUGAAAGUUACAGGUUCUGGAGGUGGCUGCCAGACUACAGCCAUGCUUCUUCUGGGUUUGGCAGACUGAAAUGGUUCCCAUGAACCUGGAGUGGCACUCCAGAAUGAGCUGGAAUCCCAAGGUUGAGAGAAGCCUCCGAGCCUUUGGUCUUUGGGAUCUAUGAAGAAGCACAGAGAAGCCAAGACAGAGUUCCCUCUCCUGGAAGUAUGCAGCCUGGAAGUCAGCCCUGGCACUUUCAGAUAGUCUUCUUUAGAACACGAGUUAACUGGAAUGCUUCAGAAGCGCAAGCAGCAUGUGAUCGCUCGGAGCUGGACCAUUUUUUCCAUGUUCCUGUCUGCAUGCCUAAGGCUUCUAAGUCAAUGUGUAUGCAACAUUUAUUUUUUUAACUUUAAGUAAAAUAAGACUGCUUCAUAGUCUUAUAUUGUAGUUGCCUACUUACAGUUUACUUUAAAAGUGGGACCUGAUGUAUCAUUAUGUACUUAUUACAUUAAGCAUGUGUAAUACUGACUGUGUACAGUACAGUACUGAACUUGUAAUUUGAAUCAAGUAUAGUGUUCUCUCUUUUCAGCAGACUCGGGCAGCCUGGCUGUAUUCUCUGAAUCAGGUGUAAUUUUCUGGGUGGGUGUAAGGUUGUGGAAGCUAGCCUUCAGGUUGUUCCAUGAAGGAUUUCCCUCCCAACACCAAACAGUUAACAGUGAAUUAUUGAAGAACAAAAUUUCUGUGAAAUAGGAACUGGCUUUAAGAGGAGCCACUUGUUAAACAAUGAUAGCAAUAAUAAGAGGUAAAGAAGAAACAUUUGUAUCCAGCAAUGGAGAAUAGCCUCACUCUAUUUUCUGGGGGCAGAGAAGUGAUGACCUUAGUGAGGACCACAUAUACAUUAGACUUUCUCUCCAAUGACCAUGUGUGCUGUAUUAGAUAGUUGCUUUAUUCAUCUUGCUCUCUCCCUUUUUAAACUUUGAAAUAUCUACAAAAUUACAAAAGAGCAGACAUGCACAGGAAAAAGUGUGUUCUGCUCUGAGUUAGUUUCUGCAUUGACCUCCUAGUUCCAUGGAAUGGUGCUUAUUUCCUACAGAAAAGAAGGGUGUGCCUAAUGACUCUCAACCCAUAUGAGAAGAUUAACAUUUAGUCUUUGGUCUGCAUUCAAGAUCUUUCCCUUGUGUCUUGGAUGUAUGUAGGAGGAAGGUUCUCUGGGGAACUUCCCUUUGUGUGUAGUUGUUCUGUCUCUGGAGUGGUCUUCAUUCUGGACAGUCUUCAGUCUGAGGCCUUGGCUCUUUUGCAGGCCAUAAAGCCAUUAUUUUGUAGAAUGUUCCUUAUUUGGGUCACUUUAAUAUUUCUUCAUUAUUAAAUAGGUUAUUCAUCUUUAUCAGAAAUAACAUAGAAGCGGUAUUGUAUUCUUUCAAUUGUGCCCUAAAAGGGCACCUCACAGAUUUGGCUUGCUGCGUUACUGCUAGUGUUCAUUUUCAUCACUUGACUAAGGUCAUGUCUGUCAAGCUUCUCCAUUGUAAAGUGAUUUUGCCCUCCACAGUUAAUAAACACACUUUGUGAGAAAGUAUUUUGAAAUCUUCUGUUCCUCAUCAUAAUUUCAAUUUAUUCAUGCAUUCAAUUGUAGUUUCAUGGUGUCAUGGUUUCUUAUUUUGUUCAAUGGGUAAAAAUAAAUGUUACUAUUAUUAUUA